AUGGCUGAAGAUCAUGUUGUCACGAAAGUUUUGAUUUCUGGUUUGAUUGUUAACAUGUUUGCUGAUUGGACAGUUUUGUCCCAUGUGGCUCGCGAUAAGAUUUCUGUAGCUCAUGGUUUGGCAAAACAUGCACUUCGGUUAGACGAUAAGCUAUCCUGGUUUGAGGAGGUUCCACCGCCGAUUGUGAAAAUCAAGACUUUGGGUUUCAUAUCUCUAUUCUCAUCACCACAUGCUAAAACCCUUGACUCAAAUGAAUUUUUGGAAUUCAGAAAUUGUGGUCUUAAUCAUCAGGGGGACAUUUCCCAAAUCAAUGAAACUAUAAUUGUUCUCAUCCCAAAAAAGAAAAACCCCAAACUUGUGCGUGAUUUUAGACCGAUUAGUCUUUGCAAUACCCUCUACAAAUGCCUAUCCAAAGUUAUUGCAAAUCGGUUAAGGCUUGUCCUUCAUUCCAUUAUCAGUAACAAUCAAAGCGCUUUUCUUCAGGGGCGCCAAAUUACUGAUAACAUCCUUCUCGCGAAUGAGCUUAUUCAUGCCAUUCAUUCUAGACGAUCGGGGAAGAUUGGUUGGGCUGUUAUUAAGCUUGACAUGGAAAAGGCUUUUGACAGAGUUGAGUGGUCUUUCCUAAAUCGAUUGCUUGUUCAUGUUGGUUUCCCUACUUCUUUUAUUUCUCUUAUAUUGCGAUGUUUAUCUACUGUCCAGUUUAGGUUAUCCAUAAACGGCUCCCUCACUAACACCUUUCAUUCUACCCGUGGCAUUCACGAAGGGGAUCCUUUAUCUCCCUAUCUCUUCCUCUUAAUUGCUGAGGGUCUUUCUGCUGCUAUUCGUCUGCAAGAGACAAAUGCUAAUUUCUCUGGAAUUCAGAUCUGCGGGGCGCUGAGCCCCUGUCUCACAAACUGUUUGCUGAUGAUAGCAUGCUUUUCUCCCAAGUCAACUCUCGAUCCAGUGAUGCCCUCAAUGCCAUUCUCAAUCUUUACAACAGAGCAACGGGCCAAUUGGGUUACUAAUUCCAUUUUCCAUUAUCUCCUCCGAAAGGUCUCUUCUAGAUUAAAUUCUUGGAAUGAAAAGUUCUUUUCUCGUGCUGGCAAGGAAACUUUACUUAAGGCUGUGGUCCAAGCCAUUCCUUCUUUUGCUAUGUCAUGUUUCAGAGUGCCUAAAUCGAUAUGCCAGAAAAUUCAAAGCUUGAUAGCCAGAUUUUGGUGGGGUUCUCAGGGCACUAAAAAAGUCCAUUGGAAAAAUUGGGAGGACAUCUCUGUUUCUAAGUUUUUUGGGGGUUUGGGAUUUCGUAUUUUGUCCUCUCAUAACCAAGCCCUUCUAGCAAAACAAGCUUGGCGAGUUUGGAAUGAUAGGAACUCUCUUCUUCACUCUAUUCUUAAAGCUCGAUACUUCAAACAUUCUGACUUUUUGAAUGCUCCUGUUGGCCAUAAUUCGUCCUAUACUUGGAGGCGUAUUCUUUGGGGCCGUCAAUUGCUUAAAAAGGGUCUGGUUUGGAAGAUUGGUACUGGUAUUAAUGUCCCUUUAUCUGCACCCAAUUGGAUCCCUAGUAUUCACAGUCCCACUCUCCUACAUCCUUUGGACCAGUCCCAAGCUUUUGUUUCUUUCUUCAUUAAUCAGGAUUCCACUUGGAAUGUCCCUAAACUUAAGCAUUUCUUUCCUACCUAUCAAGUAGAAAGUAUCCUCAAAAUUCCCCUUGAUCCAAUUUCCUCUGAUUCCCUCAUUUGGGAAUUUCAUUCCUCUGGCACUAUCACUGUCAAAUCUGCUUACCACCUUGCCUCUUCCCUGGCAUCUGCGGAUGUUCCCUCCUCUUCGGCCCCCAACCCUUAUCUUCAUUGGUGGAAAAAGCUUUGGUCCCUCUCUGUCCCUCCCAAAAUUAAACAUUUCAUUUGGAAAGCUUUUCACCAUAUUUUGCCUUGUGCAUUCAACUUAUUCCUCAAAAGGAUUCUCCCCCACCCCAACUGUUCUAUCUGUGGCAACACCACUGAGUCUGUUACUCAUGCCCUUAUAGGUUGUCCUAGAGCAAAGACUAUUUGGAAAUCUUCAAGAUUCAAACAGUUUUAUUUAGCUUAUCAUCGAAGUGAUAUUAAGGAUUUUCUCAUUCAGGCACUGCAUAACAUUUCUAAACAGGAUUUCCCAAUUUUCAUUGCUUUUGUCUGGAUUAUAGUGCUGCUCAGUGUAACUACCAGGGUGAUCAUCUGGAUUGAGGCUGCACCCAUCUCUCGUUCUGCUCAGCAACAACACCCUCCUCCCCUGUCCCCUGAUACUCCUUCUCUUUUUGUUGAUGCAGCCCUCGACCAAAAGAAUGGUGCAACAGGAACUGGUUUCAUCUUCAAACUUGAUUUUCACACUGUUUUAGCUUCUCACUGCUAUCUUUUGCCUGGCGUUGUUUCUCCCAUAUUUGCUGAAGGUCAGGCGCUUCUGCAGAGUCUAAAGUGGUGUAUCGACUCCCAAUUGUCUCCUAAGUUUGUCUUUUCGGAUUGUCUGAAUUUGGUAUCCAAAGUGAAUAGUGCAUGGCAAGAUAAUUCCGCUCUUUCUGGUCUUGUUUCCCGGAUUCGAUUGCUCUUCUCCAACUUCCCUGAUGCUUCUUUGCAAUAUCUCCCUCGCCAAUUUAAUAUGGACGCCCAUGUCCUUGCAAAAGAAGCCCUCAGGCCAAGAGAAGAUAGCUAG